CUGCAGGAGAGCUGCUGGAGGGCGGCUGGAGCCAACACCGUGUCCCCUCACCGACUGCCAGAGCGUCCCACCUCAGAGCUGCAAUGGCGAUGCUGACCGGUCUGAAACCCAUCCUGCUCCCACUGGUGCUGGUGCUGGUGCUGUGCCAGGUGGCUCCCAGCACACAGGAGCCACUCGAGGUGCAGCUGCGACUGGCAGGGCCUCGGGGACCGGCUGGGGAGGGCCGCCUGGAAGUGCUGUAUCAAGGCCGCUGGGGCACUGUGUGUGACGAUGGCUUCGACUUCCACGUGGCUACCGUCGCCUGCCGGCAGCUGGGCUACACCGCAGCCAUCACCUGGACCCACAGUGCUACUUACGGACAGGGGGAAGGUCCCAUCUGGUUGGACAAUGUGCAGUGUGGGGGCAAUGAGGUCUCCCUGGCUGAUUGUGUCCACAACGGUUGGGGCACGAGUGACUGCCACCACGGUGAGGAUGCUGGUGUGGUAUGCUCAGGGCAGCGCCUGCAUGGUGACCCUCCUUUGACAUCAGCCCCUGCUGCCCUGGGAGAGGGGCCAGGGCUGAGCCUGGAGGAGGUGCGGAUCAAACCCAUCCUGGCACGGGCUAAGCUGAGCAUGCCAGUGAUGGAGGGAGCGGUGGAGGUGAAGCACAACGGGCGCUGGAGACAGGUGUGCGAUGCCGGCUGGACCCAGAAUAACAGCCGUGUAGUGUGUGGGACGCUGGGCUUCCCCCACGAGAAGCGUGUCGACACCAGCUUCUACCGGAAGCUCUGGAACAUGAAGCUGAAGGAUCCCAGCUCCAGCCUGAGGAACCUGAGCCAGAAGAGCAGUUUCUGGGUGCACCGUGUGCAGUGCCGGGGCACAGAGUCUCACCUGUCACGCUGCCCCACACAGCUGUCUCCCCCAGCCCCCAGCCAGCAUGCCUGUCCCCACGGCAUGCAUGCCAUCGUCAGCUGCGUGCCCGGCCCUGCCUUCCAGCAGGACAAGAACAGGGGCAAGAAACCUCCUCGCAAAGCCUCCCUGGGAAAGGGUCUUCCUGUGCGCCUGCGAGCGGGUGCCCACGCUGGUGAGGGCCGGGUAGAGGUGCUGCGCCACGGGCAGUGGGGCACCGUGUGUGGCCGGCACUGGGACCUGGCAGCAGCCAGCGUGGUGUGUCGGCAGCUGGGCUAUGGCACGGCCAGGCAGGCGCUGCUGGGAGCACAGAUGGGUCAAGGCCUGGGGCCCAUCCACAUGAGUGAGGUGCGCUGCAUUGGCCAUGAGCGCUCCCUGGCUGAGUGCCGCUUCCAGGACGGUGAGCAGAGUGGGUGCCAGCACAACGACGACGCGGCCGUCCGUUGCCAUGUGCCCCACAUGGACUUCCAGAGCCAGGUGCGCCUGGCCGGGGGCCGCAGCCCUGAGGAGGGUGUUGUGGAGGUGCUGGUGCCAGUGCAGGGCAGGCUGCAGUGGGGUGCAGUGUGUGGAGCUCAGUGGGGACUCAACGAAGCCAUGGUGGUCUGCAGGCAGCUGGGACUGGGCUUUGCCAGCCAUGCCCUACAGGAGACCUGGUACUGGGCAGGCAGCCCCGAAGCCUCGCAGGUGCUGAUGAGUGGUGUGCGCUGCACGGGCACAGAGCUGGCCCUGCAGCAGUGCCAGCGCCAUGGCCCCGUGCACUGCCCCAGUGGUGGGGGACGCUUUUCAGCAGGGGUCACUUGCACCACCCAUGCCCCAGAUCUGGUGAUGAACGCCCAGCUGGUGCAGGAGACAGCUUACCUAGAAGAUCGCCCGUUGGGGCUGCUGUACUGUGCCCACGAGGAGCGCUGCCUGUCCCGCUCUGCUGACACCAUGCAGUGGCCCUACGGCCACCGCCGCCUGCUCCGCUUCUCCUCCCAGAUACACAACCUGGGCAGGGCUGAUUUCCGACCCCGGAUGGGACGGCAUGCCUGGACCUGGCAUCAGUGCCACCGGCACUUCCACAGCAUUGAGGUCUUCACCCACUAUGACCUGCUGACGCUCAAUGGCUCCAAGGUGGCCGAGGGGCACAAGGCCAGCUUCUGCUUGGAGGACACCAACUGUCCCGAGGGGCUGCAGCGUCGCUUUGCCUGUGCCAACUUCGGGGAGCAGGGGGUGAGUGUGGGCUGCUGGGACACCUACCGGCACGACAUUGACUGCCAGUGGAUCGACAUCACCGAUGUGCCACCAGGCAGCUACACUUUCCAGGUGGUGGUGAACCCCAAGCAUGAGGUGGCUGAGUCAGACUUCUCCAACAACGUGCUGCGGUGCCAGUGCAAGUAUGACGGGCAGCGUGUCUGGAUGCAUGGCUGUCACACAAGUGAUGCCUAUGGUGCUGAUGUGGUGAAUGAGAUGGAGCGGCGCGAGCGUCUGGCCAACAACCUGGUGUAAGACCCCGUCUCUCCCCCCACCCCAUACCCAGGGGCACCCCAGCCCCUGCCCUGGCUGCAGCAGCACCUGCCUGAGCUCAGGGACUCGACGCCUGCCCUAUUUAUUUCUGCUGCCAUGGAGGAUGGAGAUGAGCAUCAUGGCUGGUGCAGGGGCCAAGCCCCAUGCUGUCGGGGGGACCCCAGCUCCAGUGCUUGGAUGCCCCUCCCGGAUAACUACCUCAGCCUGCCUGGCCCCAGGCACUGCCACCCAUGCACUAGUUAUAUCCUCAAUAAAGGUGCUGUGCAAUGGGACAAGGGUGCUGCAUGGUGAUAUGGAGUACCCCACUAACCCCCCAGCCCAGUUCCCAUGCUACCCUGUGGGGCUGGUGCCAGGCAGCCCCGGCUCCUGGCCAGCAGUACCCACAGGCUGGGGCACCUUGUCUCUGACCCAGCUGACCCUAUGCACACAGCAGGGCAGCCAGCUCUGCGGCAAAGCGGGACGGCAGCCAGCCCCCAGCCGCCACUGUGCAGCCCACGCUGGGCUUUCCCAGGCUGUUCCUGGCAGCUCCCUGCAUCCCUAGAGGACGGAUGGAGCAACUUUGCCCCCGGAAACCUUUGCUCAUGGGGACAGGGUGGGGACACAAAGAACAUGCCCCUGCUCUGUUUCUUUCCCCUUUUAAAGGAAAUAAAUGAGAAUCCCACCAGGUGCUGCCACCUCCUCCUGCCAGCAUACCAUCCCCACCCCCACGCACCAAUGCAGGACAUAGAUAGGGCUUCCAUCCCCUGCUUUGACCCGUGCAACCAAGACUGGUCCCCACGUGCUGGCUCUGGCACGUGGAGGGGCCACGGGACAGUAGCCCCAAGCACAGCCCGUGGCAAGGCACGUGCUGAUGGAGGCUCAUUGCGCCAAACCGCUCUGCUCACUGCCGGACAGCGGAAAGAUGCUUUCCAUGUGAGAGCAUCCUCUCACCCUGAAACUUUCCGCUGUCUGGGCCACCUGGCUGAGACAGAGCCCAGCUGGCAGCAGGGACUGCAGCCGCAGCGCAAGGUCGUGACCAGUUCCUCUACCACUGCUUUGGGGACAGCCCGGGGACAUGGGGUGGCCAGGGCAAGGCAGAGGUGAUACAUGGCACUGCUCCACACUUGCUGCUGAGGGCAUGAGAGCCCCACAAACAAUGGCCCUAAGAGUUCUGGGGUGGCAGGAUAGGCUCUGUGCCCUGCAGGUGAUGUUAGGGGGGGGGUUGGGGUGGUGAGGUGAUACAGAGAGCGCCACAGCCUUGGGGGAAAGGCAGUUCCCAGCUGCCCACACCGCUCCCAGAGGCAGGGCAGGAAGCCCCCGGGUGGGGAGCGCAGCCCACAUCACAGCCUAGAGCCCGCUCAGGGCUGGCCCUUCCCACAAUCGGACAAGGAUUGUGCUGUUCAGGGUGGCGGAUGUAAACAGGGUCCCUCUGCCAGCGCAUUCCAGCCCUUCCCCAGGCCAUCCUGCCCAGCCCACCCUGGAGGGGAAACCCCUGCCUUGAAGUUGAGCACAACAUGCACACCCCCCAGACACCCCCACCUACAUGGACAUGCACUGCAGCUGGAGGCGAUGCUCUCAGCUAGCAGGAC